CUGCGAGCGAAUCCGAGCGCGCUAACGCCGACGCCGGUCAGUCGCCAAGGUCACAAGCCAAACAAGCUGGGAUCCAGUUAACGAGUUCGGCGGAACUUGAUUUCAUAGUUCUGAAGUGACAGGGCGGAGCAGCGCGAUGCGAGCGGUGCUGCUGGCGGCCUUGGCUGUGGGCGCGCUGCCCUUCGCUGUGGCCGGCAUCCUCGACUGGGCCCGCGCCGAUCGCCUGCAGACGCUCGUCAACAUCCCCUGGCUGCCAUAUCGUAGUUCCUCUCUGGAAAACACAUCAGAGGCAACAGAAUAUGGAACAGAAAGUCAAGCUGAACUUCUCGACAUAUCCCUUGAAAAUGAAACCCGCUGUUAUGAUGAACUUGGAUGUCUAAAUGUAACACGUGAAUGGUACCAUCUCAUAUAUCGACCUUUCAAUGUAUUUCCACUUCCUCGCUCUGUCAUUGGCACUCGCUUCAUUUUAUACACUCGCAAGAAUCCUACAGAGGGACAAGUUUUGAGGGUUCAAAAUGACUACACAAUACGCAAGUCAAAUUUUGAUCCAAAGAAACCUACAAAAAUGAUAAUUCAUGGAUUUAUUGAUACACCACUUAGUAACUGGGUUAAAGAGAUGAGACGGGAACUUAUAAAGCAUAGUGACUGGAAUGUCAUUGUUGUAGACUGGGCUGGUGGUUCUUUGCCACUUUACACACAAGCCACUGCAAAUACAAGACUAGUUGGCCUUGAACUAGCUUAUUUUGUCAACUACUUGGAGGCAAACUUCGGCCUUGAUCCUGGAGAUGUGCAUAUGAUUGGCCACAGCUUGGGUGCACACACAGCUGGUUAUGCAGGAGAGAGGAUUAAUGGCCUAGGUCGCAUCACUGGCCUUGACCCUGCAGAGCCUUAUUUCCAGGGAUUGCCUACAUUUGUACGCCUUGAUCCAAGUGAUGCAAAAUUUGUUGAUGUUAUACACACUGAUGGAAAAUCUAUAUUCUUGUUAGGCUACGGCAUGAGCCAACCUUGUGGCCAUAUUGAUUUCUACCCAAAUAAUGGAAAGGAGCAACCUGGCUGUGACCUUACAGAAACUCCUUUGCCUCUUACACUAAUUAAGGAAGGUCUGGAGGAAGCAAGCCGGGUAUUAGUUGCCUGUAAUCACAUACGAGCGAUAAAACUCUUCACAGAUUCUAUCAAUGGUGAAUGUCCAUAUAUUGCCCACAGGUGUGACUCAUACCAGAAGUUUUUACAGGGGCAGUGUUUCUCAUGCCAUGACAAUUCAAGCAGCUGUGCCAUAAUGGGCCUUCGAGCUGAUGAGCAGUUACCAAAUGCAGUUAUUUCACCAGGAAGCAAAUACUUUGUCACCACUGGAAAGGAGUAUCCAUACUGUCAACGUCAUUACAAGGUAACAGUGGAACUGGCUCAACCGCAACAUGCAGAAUCUUGGGUUCAAGGUUUUAUGCGGAUCUCAUUACACAGUGACACUAAUGUAAUUAAAAAUUUGGACCUCACACCAAGUGGCUAUGUGAAAUUACAACAUGGGCAGUCCCGAACUUUUGUUGUAACACAUCCAAUGGAUGUUGGACCCAUUCGCAAAGUGGAGUUUUACUGGCAGUAUGAUAUGGAUGUCCUGCAGCCACGAUCUCUCUGUUUCUUUUGGUGUAAUGAUCAUCUAUAUGUGUCAAAAAUAGAGGUUGCAGAAGUGGAUAUCAAUAACAGGAACAAACGGGAAUUGGAAGUGACGAGUGAACUGUGCACACCAGACAACAGGGACUAUGCUGACAUAGCAUCACGCUCAACAGCCAUUUUCUAUGACAAUUGUAAUCAUCCCAGUUGAGAUCCAGACUGGCUGUGUCUGUGUAAUACUACCUCCAUGCAGAACACAGCCACCAUUACCUGUUUAUACACAUAUAUUGUGUAUCUGAAUCCCUUGCAUGCACUCACUGUCAUGUGUGUGAUUUUGCCAUCAUCCUUUGAAUGAGAAAGUAAGAGCUGUAUAAAUUGUAGCAGUGUUUGUUGUUUACUAUUGUUUUCUGAAAUGUUAUAUGAAUGUUGAUUGUAAACACUGGACUGAUAUCACAGUUUUAGAAUGAAUGGUAAAUGUGCUUAUAUUGUACCUUGCUGAAAAACACCAGUAGUAUACAAAUAUGGCCUACCAUCACUGUAGACAUGUAAAAUAUAUGGUUUAGAUCUGCUGAAACAUUAUCAGUACUGCAGUGUUCAUUGUCCAGCCAAGUUUUAUUUAGGAAAUGUUGUGAAAUUUCAAUAGUUUUUAUCUGUAGGGUGCUGCAGUACUUUUCACUUUGUAUUGUAAAAACUGUAAAAAAUUACAGGGUGAAAUGCAUCUGUAGAGUCCAGUUGCCAUCAGGAUACUGUGUAAUUUUUGUAUUGAUUUUGUUGCCUGUGUUUAUUUGAAAGUGGCACAAUACCUGACUAACUUUUGUAUGUUUACUAUUUUUUAUAGCUAAUUUCUACCACUUCAGUAUUUACAGUAAUGUAAACGAGAGUUUAACAGAGCUGCUAAUGUUGGUGUGUUAGUUAGAGAUGAAGAUCAACUGCAUUUCAUGUAUUUAAGUAUGUUAUAGUACAAAACAUUGUAGUUACCAUAUCAUUGCCAUUUUUAGCUAGUAAAUACACUUCAUGUGAUUUAUUAAUCAAAUUGAUAUUGAAUCAGUCAUGAUGGUCAUUUCCUUACACAUGUUUUACGAAAGAAAGAGAUACAGAUUCAUUGUGAUGUUUUCACUGUGACUGAACUGUGUUACUAUUAACAAUGUGCAAUUCUGAGCACUGUAAUGAUCUUGUAGUUGUUAAAAAUAGCUUUACAGUAUUGUAUUGAUGAAGCAUGUGUAUUUUAUUCUUGGUAACAUAUUUGUUACCAUUUUGUGUGUUAUUUUAUUGUUUUGUUGAAAUAUGUACUGAAAUUGUUAUUUUUUAAUUUAAAUUUUAAAUAGUUUAAUUUUAUACCCAGUCACAUCAUUAAUGAUGUA